AAAAGAAUUGCUUCAAAAGCGUCGAAAUUGGUGAGUGGUGAAGAUGGCAAAGCUGACGAAAGAGGGGGAGAUUAAGAGUGUGCCGUUUGACAAAGCUAUUUCUCUGACAGGCUAUGGAUGUUUCAACAUACUCAUCCUCCUGGCAACGGGGGGCGGCCUCAUGUGCGUCAUCAUCGAAACCAUGUGCAUGAUGUUCAUAACCCCAGCGGCCCAAUGCGACCUCGACUUAACCCUCUCGGAAAAGGGCUUCCUCUCCUCCGUCAGUUUCAUCGGCGUGGUUGCCAGCUCGUACAUGUGGGGCUACUUGGCUGACACCAGAGGCCGAAAAAGAGUCCUCGUUGUGAGCCUGGCCAUAAGCUCCAUCACCACCAUGAUCUGCAGCAUAAUCCCGUGGGACUGGCUCUUCAUAAUACUGCGCUUCAUUAACGGCUUCUUCAUCGGCGGCGCUUCCUCAGUAGUGUACGCCUACGCCGGCGAGUUCCACGACAACCACUACCGCCCAAAAGUUAUUUCGUGGAUGUCCACUUUUGUAGCUUUUGGUAAUAUGUAUCUUCCAGGACUUGCAUGGUUGGUUUUACCACAAGAGUGGCAGUUCCCGGUUAGCAUCAUUGAUAUAAAUUUCCGCCCAUGGAGGCUGCUACUAAUCCUAUACACUUUACCAUGUCUCAUGUGCGCUCUAUUCAUGUACUAUCUGCCAGAAAGCCCGAAAUAUCUAAUCUCGCAAGGACGCAAAAAGGAAGCUCUAGACGUUUUGAGGAAGAUGUACGUCACCAAUACCAAGAAACCUGAAGAUACGUACGACGUUGACGAAAUCAUCUGGGAAGAUUUGGGUGACAACGACGUCAAAAAGAACUACGGGAUGUUCAAAACCAUGUGGAAACAAACAGUACCGUUGUUCAAAGGGGCGCUUCUUUUGAAGACUAUUUUUAUGUGUUAUAUGCAGUUUGGUGUAUUCGCAUCGAAUGCCGGGAUUUUCAUGUGGUAUCCAGAAAUCUUGAACCGGAUGUCCCACUACAUCAUUGAGAGACCAGGCAGCGAGGUUUCGCUCUGUACCGCGGUACUGUUCGAAGAAGACGACUUUAGCAACUUUACUCAGUUCGAAUAUCCAAUGAAGACGUGCAAAGACGAGGUGAAAACUCAAGUCUUCUUGGUGUCGCUAGUGAUGGCGGUGGCCUAUGCCAUCAUCUAUCUAAUCAUAGGUUGCAUUAUCAACCUCGUGGGUAAAAAACAACUAAUGAUAUCGUUCGUAACGGUCACAACCAUAAGCGGAUUGGCUUCUCACUUUGUCUACGGUUACGAACUUAUCCAGAUUCUUGUUGGGUUCUUCCUGAUGGGGGGAGCAGCCAUCGGUGUCACUAAUGCCAUAGCUGUGGACUUGUUCCCGACCCAAGUACGCGGGAUGGCUUUAGCUUUUUCGAUGAUGUUUGGACGGAUAGGGGCCAUGACUGGGACUAAUCUUGUAGGACCUAUCAUAUACAACGCCUGUGAUUAUUUGUUCUAUUUUGUUGCAGCUGAACAUUUAGUUUUGAUUAUCGUGGUCUUUCUACUUCCGUCUUCGCCACGUCUACCGAAGUUGCUACCGUGAUGUGAUAUUAAGUACAACUGAAUGAAAAGACAACCGUCACUAAUUCAAUCUAACUUAUCUUUUUUAUAAUUAAUAAAUUAUUAAAAACUA